UGCUGCCCGUGGAGAGGCUUCGCUCGGCUGGCAGUGGAAGAUGGCAGAGCCCGCAGGCACUGUGAUAAACACCGAGGUGAAACAGAAAGACCCCAGAGAAGCACUGGUGAUUGCAGUGACCACCAGAGCCAUCUUCAACCUGGAGGAGGAGCACAAGCUCUACCUGGAGAAAGGCAAGGAGGAGUACACAAGGCAUCAGCAGGCCAACCAGGACAAGCCCUUGCCACCAGGCACAGCCUUUGCCUUCAUCCAGGCAGCACAGUAUGUGAAUGAGAAGAUCCUGGAAAGCAACCCAGCAGAGCAGGAGCUCUUUGACAUCCUGGUGCUCUCCAACAACAGCCCAGAGAGCGGUGUGCGCAUCAUCAACAGUGCCAAGCACUAUGGCCUGGAGAUCUCCAAGUUCUGCUUUGUCAGUGACGAGGACUCCACGCAGUACCUGAAGUCCCACGGGGUCAAGCUCUUCCUCUCAGCUGACAGGACAGAUGUCUGCAAUGCCCUCCAGAGAGGGGUGUCAGCAGCACUGGUGUUCCAGCAGGAGGUGCAGGCCCCCAGCACCCCUCUGCGUGUGGUGUUUGACGGUGAUGCUGUGCUCUUCUCCAACGAGACAGACCGAGUCUUCCGGGAGCAGGGGCUGGAGGGGGCACUGCGCUACGAGCGGGCGAUGGAGGCUGUGCCCAUGGGAGAGGGUCCCCUGAAGGCUUUUGCCAUGCACCUUGGGAAGAUGUGCAAGAAGUUCAAGCAGGAGACUUCCCCCAUCCGCACCUACCUGGUGACUGCCCGCAGCGGCCGGGACAUGGGCAGCAGAGCCAUCAAGACCCUCCGGGAGUGGGGCCUGGCCAUUGAUGAGGCUUUCUUCAUGGAUGGGGCUCCCAAGGGCCCCAUACUCUCCCAGAUCCAGCCCCACAUUUUCUUUGAUGAUGGGCUUCAUAACAUCCAGGGGGCUCAAGAUGUGGGUGUACCUUCUGCCUGGGUCCCCUCCCACUGAGGGGCUUUAGGCCAGCAGUCUCCUCUCCCAACAGCAGAGGGGACUCAGCAAGCUGAAGGUAAACCUUCUGGUGGAGA